AUGGCGCAAAAAGCGAAGAAAGACCGCGCCAAGGCCAACACCGCCGCCCUCAAUAACUUGCACAUGGGCUCCGCCAUUGUCAACCUCGUCUUUCUCGCCUCGCACUUCCUCUGGCGCCCGCGCUCGCUCGUCCUCUACGGCGUGCUCUCGGCGCCCGCGCUCGCGUGCGAGUACGUCCUCGAGCGGUCCGGCCGCCCGCGCUACGACGCCGCGAGCAAGACGCUCAAGUCGUCCGGCGAGGAUCUGGCCGCCGCGGGGCUGACCGAGUACAUGUUUGACGUGAUCUGGGUGACGUGGGCGUCGGCCCUCCUCGCCAUGCUCUUUGGCAGCUGGGGCUGGGCGCUCUGGGCCGUCGUCCCCGCGUACGGCCUCUACAUGGCCUCGGGCCUGCUCGGCUUCGGGCGCUCGCAGCUCGCGCAGAUGCAGGGACAGGGACAGCCCGAGGCGGCCGCUGGCGCUUCGCAGGGCAACCGUAAACAGCGUCGCGCAGCAUAA